CUGCCAGUUUGUGGGGGCCAUACAAAGAUAUUUGGCAGGCAGUGGUUAAUGCUAUAUGGAAAAGGCAAUCUGAAGCAAUACAUGUUCUUGACCAGAUUUUAAAGAAACACAAAGCUGACUUUAUAUCACUCUUCAGAAAUCCGCCAAAGAAUGCCCAACAGCAUGAAAAAGUUCAGAAAGCAAAUACAGAGGGAGUUGCUAUCCAAGGUCAACAGGGGACCCGAUUGUUACCAGAACAGCUCAUCAAAGAGGCCUUUAUUCUGAGUGAUCUUUUUGAUAUUGGAGAAUUGGCAGCUGUUGAACUACUACUGGCUGGAGAACACCAGCAGCCUCGUUUUCCUGGUCUAACUAGGGGGUUAGUAGCUGUCCUCUUAUACUGGGAUGGAAAGCGAUGCAUUGCAAAUUCAUUGAGAACACUUAUCCAGUCUCGACGAGGCAAGACAUGGACGUUGGAGCUCAGUCCUGAGUUGGUGUCCAUAACAACACAGUUUACAGAUGAGUUGAUGGAGCAGGGUUUAACUCAUAAAAUUCUGACUUUGGUAUCUCAAAUUGAUGUGAACAUUGAAUUUGAAAAAUUACAGAAAGAACGAGGCCUGGGCAGUGAGAAACAUCGCAAAGAGGUUGCUGAUCUUAUCAAGGAAUGUCGGCAGGCACUGGCUGAAAGCUUGUUUGUUUGGACUUGCCAGUCACCACUAAGUCGUGAUGAUAUUUUAAUCCUUAUUAGUUAUUUCGAGAAAGUAACUGUAGAAGCUGAUGGGUCAUUGGACAGAGUAAACUUGGCACUACUUUUGGCUGUCCUGUAUUGUUUUGAUGUCAGUUUUCUAGAACAGAUCACUGAAGAUCGAGAUGAACUGAUGCGCCAGUUGCCGCUGCUAACAGACAGACAGUAUAUAGCAGCAAUCCAUACACGCCUUCAGGAAUCUCGGCCUUGGAAACUACCAGGACUUCAAGCUACUGUUAGGUUAGCUUGGGCGCUAACUUUGCGUGGAAUUUCACACUUCUCUGAUGUGACAGCAUUUGCGGAAUUCACUGAAGCUGAUGAAGCAAUGGCAGAGUUAGCAAUUGCAGACAAUGUUUUUCUAUUCCUUACUGAAUCUGUAGUGAGAGCAGAAAACUUUUAUCAGGAAGAAUUUUACAUCCGUAGAAUCCACAACCUUAUCACAGAUUUCCUUACCCUCAUGCCAAUGAAAGUGAAACAACUGAGAAACCGUGCUGAUGAAGAUGCUCGGAUCAUUCAUAUGAGUAUACAGAUGGGUAAUGAACCACCCAUAUCUGUUAGACGGGAUCUAGAACAUCUGAUGCUUUUAAUUGCUGAGCUGUAUAAGAAAGAUCCCUUUAAUCUGGAAUUUGCUCUUGAAUAUUGGUGUCCUUCAGACUCUUUGCAGAGCUCCACUAUCAUAGGAUCAUAUCUUGGGGUAGCCCAUCAAAGACCACCUCAGCGUCAGGUUGUUUUAUCAAAAUUUGUUAGACAAAUGGGAGACCUGCUUCCUUCCACAAUUUAUAUUCCUUAUCUGAAAAUGCUCCGGGGAUUGGCCAAUGGACCUCGGUGUUCUCAUUAUUGCUUUACUUUGCUAAAGGGUAAUGGUAGUACUCAUGCUGAAAACAUCCAAGGAGCAGGUGGCAGUCCUGUCUCUUGGGAACACUUCUUCCAUUCCUUGAUGCUGUACCAUGAACAUUUACGUAAAGAUUUGCCAAGCGCAGAGAGCAUUCAGUAUCGUCAUCUUCCUCUCAGAGGCAUCACACAGAAAGAACAGGAUGGAUUAAUUGCCUUUCUGCAGCUUACUAAGACUAUCGUGAAACGGAGUGAAAAUGCGCGAUUGGCUCUCUGUGAACAUCCUCAGUGGACACCAGUAGUUAUUAUUCUGGGACUUCUGCAAUGCAGUAUACACCCAAUUUUGAAAGCAGAGUUCUUAGAAACUCUCUCAGCCUUUGGGAAAUCUCCAGAAAUUGCUGCUUCACUAUGGCAAUCAUUGGAAUACACACAGAUAUUGCAGACUGUAAGAACUCCAGGCCAAAGACAAGCCAUUGGUAUUGAGGUUGAAUUGAAUGAAGUAGAAUCCCGGUGUGAGGAAUAUCCUUUAACUCGUGCCUUCUGCCAGCUCAUCAGUACCCUAGUAGAGAGUUCAUUUCCUUCUAACCUGGGUGCUGGGCUGCGCCCACCAGGAUUUGAGCCGUACCUUCAUUUUCUGAGAGAAUCUGUAUUUCUUCGAUUUCGGACCAGGGCCUACCGGAGAGCUGCUGAAAAGUGGGAAGUAGCUGAAGUAGUUCUGGAGGUCUUUUAUAAGUUGCUGAGUGACUAUGAACCCCAACUUGAAGAUUUUGUGGACCAAUAUGUAGAUUUACAAGGAGAAGAAGUAAUAGCUUAUAAACCACCUGGGUUUAACCUGAUGUAUCAUCUUUUGAAUGAAUCACCAAUGUUGGAAUUGUGUCUUAGCUUGUUGGAAGAAGGAGUUAAACAGCUAGAUACCUAUGCACCUUUCCCUGGUAAAAAGCAUUUGGAGAAGGCUGUACAGUAUUGUCUUGGGCUGCUCAAUCUAACUCUACAGAAAGAGAACCUUUUCAUGGACUUCUUAAGAGAAAGCCAUCUCUCUGUCAUUGUUACCUCACUAGAACAGCUGCUGCAAGGAAUCAAUCCUCGUACUAAAAAAGCUGAUCAUGUGGUAAAUAUUGCCAGGUACCUUUAUCAUGGUAAUACCAAUCCUGAACUGGCUUUUGAAAGUUCCAAGAUCCUUUGUUGCAUUUCUUGCAAUUCUAACAUUCAGGUCAAGCUGAUUGGAGACUUCACACAAGACCAGAGUAUCAGUCAGAAACUAAUGGCUGGAUUUGUGGAAUGUUUGGACAAUGAAACUGCAGAAGAAAUAAUUAAUCCUGAUGAAGAAUUUGAAGUUGAAAGGAAGCAAGCACCGAUAUUCCAUGAAACAAGGAUUAAUAUUCUGAACCUUCUCAUUACCUCUCUGGAGUGCAAGCCACCCAAUCUUGCUCUGUAUCUUCUUGGUUAUGAAUUUAGGAAGCCUGUCAGCACUACAAAUCUGCAAGAUCCAGGUGUGUUGGGUUGCCCUCGUACUUGCCUUCAUGCUAUUUUGAAUAUAUUAGAGAAUGGUACUGGAACAAGAUCUGAUCCCACAGCAGUUCGGGAAUCUCCACAUCUAGCAGAGUUGUGUUAUCAGGUGAUCUAUCAGUUAUGUGCGUGCUCAGACACCUCAGGACCAACUAUGAGAUAUUUGAGGACUAGCCAGGAUUUUUUAUUCUCUCAGUUGCAGCACCUUCCUUUUUGUGUCAAAGAGCAUGAGAUUCCUGCCUUGAAUCAGAUGUCAUGGCUAAUGAAAACUGCAUCUAUAGAAUUGCGAGUUACUUCCCUGAACCGCCAGCGUUCUCACACACAGAGAUUGUUACAGCUCCUUCUUGAUGAUGUGCCAGUCAAAUCUUAUUUAGCUGAUGGUGAAGGAGGGAUAGAAGAUGAUAGUCGUUCUGUCACUGGAUUCCUUCACUUUGAUACUGUUUCCAAGGUGCACAGGAAAAUCUUGAGCAUCCUUGAUUCAAUUGACUUCAGUCAAGAGAUCCCAGAGCCUUUGCAACUAGAUUUUUUUGACCGUGCUCAAAUAGAGGAGGUCAUUGCUAACUGUGAGAAUAGGACUGCACAUGGACCAAUUAUUUGCAAUGUGAAGCAUCUUCACAAAGUUCUGAUUGCUGAAGUUAAUGCCUUGCAAGGAAUGGCAGCCCUUGGACAGAGACCUUUACUUAUGGAGGAAAUCAAUACAAUCCUUCAGUAUGUUGUGGAGAGGAACAGGCUUCUUCAGUGUCUGUAUGCAAAGAAACAUGCUCUGGAGUCCUGGAGGCAGCUGGUUGAAAUCAUAUUAACUGCCUGCCCACAGGACCUCAUACAAUCUGAAGAUAGACAGCUUAUUAUCCGUGAUCUACUGCAAGAUUUACAUGAUAAGAUUUUGAAUGAUGAUGCAGCUCAAGAGUUAAUGCCUGUUGUGGCAGGAGCCGUGUUCACUUUGACUGCUCACCUAAGCCAGUCUGUGCGAACAGAACAAAAGGAGCCAUUUGCUAUCCCUAUGCCUGGACGUUCCCAAUUUGUCCUAAUGUUGGAUGGGUCUUUUGCUACAUCACCUGCUUCUGAAGACUUGGCAGUGGGAUUUGCCUCCAUUGGAGACUCUUCUUUACAUAUCAUAUUGAAAAAAAUUCUGGAUUUUAUUCUGAAGACCGGUGGUGGGUUCCAGCGAGUGAGGACACACUUGUAUGGAUCAUUGCUCUAUUAUUUGCAGAUUGCUCAACGACCAGAUGAACCAGAUACCUUAGAAGCAGCCAAAAGGUCCAUGUGGGAGCGUUUAACAGCUCCUGAAGAUGGUUUCAGUAAACUGCAGAGAGAAAACAUGGCUAUUAUUGAAAGCUAUGGUUCUGCCCUAAUGGAGGUAGUCUGCAGAGAUGCCUGUGAUGGACAUGAGAUAGGACGGGUAAAUAAAAUUAGACCUGUUAAUUUUGAACAGACUUAAUUCUUUAGGGAUGGGCAAUUAUGUCGUAAUAGUCAAAAUGCUAUGUCUGGUAUAACAAAUGAUUAUAUGAUUAUGUUGAACUAUCUAUAGUAUUUCAGUAGGUUGGCCUUCCUGACCAAAGUAGCAAAAAUACAGCAAGGAGCACUAGAGUUAUUGAGAUCUGGAGUAAUAGUGAAACUUGCACAGUUUCAGGUAUAUGAUAUGCGGCCAGAAAUAGAUCAACAAGGAAUAUUUGGAAUGCGAGAUCCUCCAGUCUUCAUUCCUGCUCCUGUAGAGCGUUAUCACCAGAUUCUUUUGCCUGCUCUCCAGCUUUGCCAGAUCAUCCUUACUUCUAGCAUGGCACAACAUGCUCAGGCUGCCAGGCAGGUUUUGCAGUUCCUAAUAUCCCAUUCAGAUGCUGUCCAAGCAAUCUUGCGGUGUCAGGAAGUUAGUGUGGGAGCCUUGCAAGAAUUGGCAUUACUAACUGGAAUAAUCAGCAAAGCUGCUUUACCAGGUGUGCUUGGUGACUUCGACCCUGAUUUCAAUGAAGGAAUGCAGAUUGAACUACAAGGACAUAUAGGGCGAUUUCAGCGCCAGUGCUUAGGCCUACUCACGCGUUUUGGUAGUUCAGAGAGACUGCACCAAUUCAGGUUGCAAGAUGAUCACACAGAGGCGGAUAGAGUGAACAAGAGAGAUGAUAUUGAACUAGCCAUGCAACAGAUCUGUGCCAAUGUGAUGGAAUAUUGCCAGCUGCUUAUGGUACAGUGUGCCCCUACUUUUGAACACACAGUUUGCCUCUUCACUCCCAGUCUUUCUGAGUCCACCAAUCGAGAUGGACCUCGGCAGGAUACACAAGCACCAGUGAUUCCAUAUUGGCGAUUGCCUGGCCUGGGUAUUAUUGUCUAUCUCUUAAAACAAAGUGCAAAUGACUUCUUCAGUUACUACGAUAGUCAUCGUCAGAAUGUUAGCAAGUUGCAAAAUGUGGAACAGCUACCACCAGAAGAGAUAAAAGAGUUGUGCCAGUCUGUUAUUCUAGCUGGAGUAGACAAAAUUUCCACUACCCAAAAGUAUAUUUUAGCAAAGCGACGUUUAGUGAAGCUGAUCAACAAUAGAGCCAAAUUGCUUUCUCUGUGUUGCUAUAUUAUAGAAACCUGUCUUUUUAUUCUUUGGCGGCAUCUUGAACACUAUCUACUACACUGUACUCCUGCAGAUUCCCAAGCUUCUCUUUUGGCUCCCAGGACUCAGUUGAGGAACAGAAGAUUACAAGAAACUAACUUCGAUGUAACAAGUGGAUUGAGCAGAGUAAGCCAACUUGAUAUAGAUCAGCUUCAGCUAGAGGCAACCAAUACUUUUGGAGAAUCCCUUCAGAAGAAACUUCUAGAUAUAGAAGGACUGUAUUCUAAGGUGCGGUCACGCUAUACUUUCAUUCAAGCACUUGUUAGACGUAUCCGUGGCCUGCUAAGAAUAUCAAGGGGAUGAAGAAUAAUGUUUAUUCAUUAUUGAUGUUUUUUGUACAAGUAACAUUUUAUAAAUUAUGGUGAAAUAAUUUUAAUAGGUUUCAUUACAUGUAUGAGUAAUUUUUGUGUGUUCUUGCCAUUCAUUACCUAAGUGGAAAAA